AAAAAAAUCAAUAUCAUGAGAACUGCCGUGAUCUGCCUUUGCCUCUUGGGCAUUGCCUCCGCCCUGCCGGUGAAGACCACAGACUCCGGCAGCUCAGAGGAGAAGCAGACCGUCCCGAGUAAGUCCACCGAGAGUGAGGACCGCACGGAUGAGCUGGAUGACGACGACGACGACCAACCUGACAGCCAGGAUUCCGUCGAGUCCAAGGACACCGAUGAUGACGAUGACGCCAACUCCGACCACUCUGAUGAAUCCGAGGAAACCACCACGGACUCAUCCGUGGACGUCCCAGCAACUCUGAUUUUCACCCCAGCUGCCCCCACCAAAGACACAAGUGAUGGCCGAGGGGACAGUGUGGCUUACGAACUGAGGGCGAAAUCUAAGAAGUUUCUGAGCUCUGAAAUCCAGUACUCAGAGGACCUCACGUCGCACAUGGAAAGUUACGAGGACACACAGGAGUCGGCCCCCAGCCUGCACCUGACAUCUAACGGGGACAGCCACCAAGAGUCAGCCCAGUCGCCGGCCAGCCUGGAGUCCCACAGCCGAGAGUCGCAGAGCCUGGAAGGGGACGCGCAGUCGCCCAGCGUGGAGGAGGCUCACCUCAAGUUCCGUGUCUCCCACGAGCUGGAGAGCGCGUCGUCCGAGGCCAAGUGAAGGGCCGGAGCUUCUGUCCUCCUUUGCUUAUAGUCAGAGCAGAAGACACGUCAUCGCGGGUGUGGGGCCGUCGCGGUACUAACUUCUCAGAUUAGGUAGUGAAUGUGUCUGUCUGUGGGUCCAGAAAUAGAUGUCGCUCUUUGUCCCCUUAUGACCUGCUUCAUAACAUACCUCGAUCCCUAACCGCUUUGGGUUUGGACGGAGUCCUUCCCAAACGAAAGCUGUCACUGCAUUUUCAGGUUUGCUGGGCCUUUAGCCAUAGACGAGUAUGCUGAAGCAAGCUCAAAGCUUUUACGGACUAAUCCGAAAGGCGAUUAA